AUGAAAGACGAAACGGUAUUCGACGCGAUGAAGUCGUCCGUUCAAACGAUCGCUUUCAUUUUUUCGUGUUUUUCAAAUCUGAUCCUGAUUUUUUUGAUAUGCACACGGUCGCCAAAACGGCUCGGCUCCUACAAAUAUUUGAUGAUUUAUUUCUGCGUUUUCGCGAUUUUCUUCUCAAUUUUGGAUAUUUUGUUGCAACCGUACAUCUUGUCUGCCGGUCCCGGAUUCAUUGUCAUCACUGAAAUCAAGGAUACAUUUUUGGGACCAUUUGGAGAGACAUGUCUGCUGAGUUCAUUGUGUGGUUGUUUUGGAUGCAUUCUUGCCACUAUCGCUAUUCACUUCAUUUUCAGAUAUUUCGCUCUGGAAAGAAAAGGAAAGUUACGCUACUUUCAAGGUCAAUAUCUAGUAGGCUGGUUGACAAUUCCAGGUUUAGUUGGAGCAGUUUGGACAGCCGUUACCGUAUAUUUUUGCGCUCCAAAUGAGAUUACGAUGGAUUAUUCUAGACAACUCAUGAAAGACCACUAUCAAAUUGAUCUGAACAAUGUGACAUAUAUUGGAUCGAUUUAUUUUCUGAAAGACAAAGGAACUGGAAGAACGAUCCCAAAUAAAUUUGGGCUUCUUGGAAUGGGCAUUUUGUUUAGUAUUAUGGGAAUCUCCCUCUCCAUCCUAAUCUAUUUCGCCGCCAAAUGCUAUACUCGAAUCAAGACACUGAUCUACGAAGGGGAGUCUUCAUUCACCAGAAAUCUCCAAAAACAACUAUACAAGGCUCUUGUUGCUCAGGCUUCAAUUCCAAUGUUUUUCAUAUUUAUGCCCGUUGGUCUCUAUUUAACACUUCCUCUUGUUGGAAUUCAAUUAGAAGUCAGUGGAGAAAUCGUGACGUUUGUUUAUGCGCUGUAUCCGGCACUCGAUCCGUUGCCAAUCAUUUUUAUCAUCGACAAUUAUCGAUACGCGAUUUUUGAUUUUCUCGGCUGUUGUCAACCAAGAAAUCGAGUUGGGGUUGAUGAUGAACCAACCAGUGUCUCCAGACAUAUUUCUAAUUGCAAUUGA